AUGGCAACCACUGGCUCAACCAUGAUGAACUCCAUCAACAUCAUUCCUAUUCCCAAAGCCAGAAGCCUUAAUUGGCCACGAACUUCUGCCUUGAGCUUGCUGGGACAGAAUGAGAUUGCUAAAUAUGACCAGAAAAAAAUUCUGUACUUACAUAUUCAACACUACCGCGGAUCGCAGGAUUGGAACAAGCUCAAUGUAUCCGAUUAUAUUCCUCUUCCUAAUACGCACAAAUUCACGACUAGCAUGAGCCUUCAAAAUGCCGCGCAACGUUGCCGAAAGGCAAUGAUUCAGUUGAUCGGCAUUCAUAAUGAGCGUGCUGUAGCACACAACAGAGAAAUUCAAGCCCAAAAACAGAAUGAAGACAAGGAAGAGGAUCCGGAAAGGGCAGAAUGGACACGUACUAUUGUCGCUGUCAAAGCGAAGAAUACAAGAGAUGCCGAGGAGUCAUGGCAAUCGCGAGCAGGAAAUAGAAUGAGCUUGUGGAAGAGAAGAUAA